UGUGUUUGAGAGUGCAGUAUAUCUAGAACUGACACAUUUCUCCAAAAUAAUCUGGAACAAAGGACCUGAACUGAGACGAGAUUUGUGAGAUUUCACUAUUUUUAUCAUCACUGCGUUUUCGCUGCUAAUAAGUUGAACAGAAUGGUUCAAAAGACGAUGGUCUUUCUCUUCAUGCUGAUUGGAUGCUCACAGGCUUUUCCGUACCACAGUGUCCCCACUGAGGAUAAUGUAAUGAAAGAUGCUGACAAGAUAGAGAGAGAAAGAAGAGAUGUUAUGGCAAGUGGUGCUGAUUUUACUCCACCAGUGUGCCGUGUGGUAAAUGAGAGUUUGGACUGUUCUUCACCAGCUGGAAAUGCAACCUGGGAAGUGAAUUAUAUCAUGUCAGAUGGCGCUGGUUCAGGAAUUGAUUCCCCCUCUUUUUCUGCCACUGAGUCUUGUGAAGGCAACGCCACCUUUUUUAUCGAAUUAAAUGUGACUGUAGAUGAAAAUGGCUACAAUGCAACCACUGUGAAAUACACUGGUCCUUGCUGUUUCCAAAAUGUGGAGAUUUCUGUUGUGGACAAGGCAGGUAACAAGGCAAAGUGCCCUUUCAAUAUCAAACGCCCUUUAACCACAAUCAGCCCAAUGACGGUCAGUCCCACGUCCAGCAGCUUCACCACAACCAUCUCUCUUUGGUCAAGUUUAAUACUGAUGGCACUUAAAUCUAUGUUGCUUUAACAUAGAUGUGGACUUUCUACACUUUAUGGAAAUAUAUACACUAAGUUGACUUAACUUAAAAAAAUUGAGGAAACCCGUUGCCUUAAAAUUUUUAA